AGAAGAAAGGAAAGUGCUACUGGGCAUUGGCUACUGGCCUACUGCCAACUACCCGUGGGGUCCCGUGGAAGAGAAGAGAGCAUCGCCGGAGUUGGGGUCGGCGCGCCGACGAGGAACAAAAGAAGACGGCGGUGGGGCGGAGAUGGGGAGUCCUCUGGGCGGGUGGCCGUCUUACAACCCGCACAACUUCAGCCAGCUCGUCCCGGCCGACCCAUCCGCACAGCCCUCGAAUGUCACACCAGCCACUUAUGUUGCGACCCACAGGACUGAUCCGCCACCCAAUCAAGUGAUAACAACGGAGUCGAGGAACAUCCUGCUGAGGCACUUCUACCAGAAAUCCGAGAAGCUGAGGCCCAAGAGACCUGCCCCGGACAACCUCGCUCCGGAGAACAACAACAGCAACAACAAGCAGCCCAGGGGACCGGUCGGCGACGUCGGUGGGCAGUCGUCGAGCGCGAGAAGCUGAAGCCACAGCUGGUGGCCGUCCACUCCUCCCCCUGCCUGCUUGUUUCUCAUCUCUGGGUUUCGUCAUGCAGAGGCAGAGGCAGAUGCAGCCCUGUGUUGUCCUCUUCGCUCCUCACGUCUGUACGUACGACCCAAAGAGCUACUAACCUAAUCUGAAGUUAGGGUUACAUACAUGGAUAUCGGAUAGAUGGGUGUACA